AUGAGAUACUCCACACUCAUCUCUGCUGUUACAGCACUCUCGCUCUUUGGUCUCACCACCGCCCAAGAGGAUUGCGAUACUUACCCCAAUGCAGAGGCAUAUGUGGGUGACCUCCCCGAAUGCACGGUUAUAUGCUGGGAGUGGCUUGUGUCUUACUAUGAGACCAGCAGUGCUUGCGGUGACACAGUGGACUUAGAGUGCCUAUGCGCUACCCCAGAGCCUGAUGUCACCAAUUCUACCGUGAUGGGAGAGUACGAAGCCUCGUACGAAUGCAUGAAGAAUAGCUGUGUGGAAACGGAUAUCACCCAGUUCGCUGUUGCUGUUUCGAGAUUUGCAAACACUUGUGCACAGAUGAAGGCUAACGUUACCGAAGAGGCGGCCUCUUCUGCUUCUGGGGAUGCUACAGCUGAGCAGGCUAUUGAUGCUACUGAUGCACCUGCUGCCACUGAUGAACCUGCUGCCACGGAUGCUCCUGCUGCCACGGAUGCUCCUGCUGCUACUGAUGCUCCUGCUGCCACUGAUGCACCCGCUGCCACUGAUGCACCUACCGCUACCGACUCUCCCGCUGCUAUCGAUUCACCUGUCUUUACUGAUGGUGCCUCUGGCUUCGUUACCUCCCCUGUACCCACGGGCACGGCCGUCGACGUCAAUGCCUCCGGAACCCCAGCUGAUGCCGCAGUCGUGGCCCAGCAAACAGUGAAUGCUGCUGGCAAGAGUGGAAUCUCCAACUGGGAGAUGACCGUUGGGCUACCCCUUGUGGCCGGGUUGAUGGUUAUGCAGUUCUUGUAG